AUGCGGUUUCUACGAAGCAUCGUGACAACUGUCCUCGCAUGCGCAGCUCCAGCGCUCGCGCAGAACUCAACGUUCCUCAACCCAGUACUUCCAGGUUGGCACAGCGAUCCAUCAUGCGUCAACGUGAACGGGACGUUCUUCUGCGUAACUUCCACCUUCAUAUCCUUCCCCGGGCUGCCCAUCUACGCAUCGAAAGACUUAGUCGACUGGAAACACAUCAGCCACGUAUGGAACCGUGAAUCACAGCUUUUGGGCUAUAGUUAUUCCAGCGAUGGUCAACAAAGAGGCAUGUACGCAGCGACUUUGCGAUUCCACGAGGGUGUCUUCUACGUCAUCUGCGAAUAUCUCGGAUCAGACAUGGAGGCAGGUGUCUUGUUCAGGACCACAGAUCCUUUCGACGACGCGUCAUGGAGCGAUCCAGUGACGUUCGAGGCUCCCAAGAUCGAUCCCGAUAUUUUCUGGGAUGAUGACGGCAAAGUGUAUGUCGCAACCCAGGGAAUCAUCGUGCAGGAGAUGGACAUCGAUACUGGCGAAAUGGGACCUGUAAUUUCGCUCUGGAAUGGCACCGGCGGUGUUUGGCCCGAAGGUCCACACUUCUACAAGAAAGACGGAUGGUAUUAUCUGCUGAUUGCCGAGGGCGGAACAGCCGAAGACCACUCAGUCACCAUGGCUCGCGCCAGAAACAUCACGGGCCCUUACUCUCCCAGCCCAUACAACCCACAUCUGACGAACCGCGGUACAUCAGAGUACUUCCAGACCGUUGGUCACGCAGACCUCUUCCAAGAUAACAACGGCGCAUGGUGGUCUUGCGCGCUCGCGACGCGCGUGGGUCCAAAUGGUACAUCCUUCCCCAUGGGGCGCGAAAUGGUACUCACGCCAGUUACGUGGGAGGAAGGCGAGUGGCCCGUAUUCCAACCUGUAAGAGGCAAGAUGACUGGCUGGCAACUACCUGCGCGCUCAAGAGAUGUUCCGGGUGAUGGACCCUUCAACUCGGACCCAGAUGUUUACGACUUCCCUCAAAACUCGACAAUUCCACGCAACCUCGUCUACUGGCGUGUUCCUCGCGAAGGCGCGUUCAAGACUUCGCAAAAGGGUCUGCAAGUCGCUCUUGGUCGCAACAAUCUCGCCGGCUCGCCAGGCGGGUCUGACCCAGCUUCAAGGGCUGUGAACUUCAUCGGGCGCCGUCAGACGGAUAGCACGUUCAAGUUUAGCGUAGAUCUAUCCUUCGACCCGAAAGCUGAUGGUGAAGAAGCUGGUGUGACCGCUUUCCUGUGGCAGACGGCAAACAUCCAGCUCGGACUCAUGCGCAGUAAUGGGUCGACGUAUCUGCGUUACAACUCUACGGAACAUGAGGAGAAGAAGACGCCUGUGCCCGCAUCUUGGUCUGGAAAGCCUAUGCGCUUCGAGAUCACGAUGCCGGAUCCAAGGACUUAUGUCUUUUCGGCUAUGCUAGCGCACGGCAAGUCAAGACCGAUCUCGUUUGGUAGAGCUUCAACAGAGCAGCUGAGUCCAUCUGGCUCGUUCGUAGGAACGCUGAUUGGUGUGUAUGCUACUUGCAAUGGAGCUGGACCAGGGCUAGAUUGCCCAGCUACCACGCCCAAUGCAUACUUCAGAAGGUGGAGGUACAAGGGUAUUAGACAGUACAUUUCUGAGACUGAGAGUGUGCGAAGCGAAGACUUCAAUAAAGGUAGAUAA